UCGCCUGGUUUGAGGGGACUGGAGGUGACGCUCUCAGUGCAUAUCUUUGACGUGGCGGCUACGUAUCAGCACGGCCAUCCACUCCUAGCGCACCGUAAGCAGUGACGAGUAAAACUACGUAAGUGGAAACUGCUGAAGGUCCCUAAUGUCUGAAGAUGACAGCUGAUUGCUGUCUACGUAGCUGAUUCAAAACAAAAUCUGUAGCAAAUACUGUUUCCUAACUAAUUGGACAGCACUUAUAGUCGUCUCAAUUUUGGAAGCACAUGCUCAUGGAGUACAAAAGGCAUGAUUGGUUUUUUUUGGGGAUUUUGAGAGAAUGCAGAUGCAGUGCAAAGGCUCAGACAAAUUACCAUGGAAUCAGUUGUUGAAUCUCAUCAAGAUGGUAGUGUGACGGAUUCAGUGACCGACAGUGAAUCUAUCCAAUUACAAGCUCACAAUUCCCAGAUUCAGAUCCCCACUAUUGCACAGCAUUUAUUACCCAUUGAAACCACUUCUGAUGAAAGGUCAUUGACUGGAAAUGCAGACUCUGUUUCUCUGUCCACAGAAAUUGCAUAACCUGGUAUCUGUUGCUGGUGGUCAAGUUUCUUCAGGAUCUCAAGCUGUGCAUGUUGUACAGUUGCCUUCUGGUCAGACAGUGCAGGUCCAAGGAGUGAUUCAGACUGCACAACCUUCUGUGAUUCAGUCACCACAGAUACAAACUGUUCAGGUAGCUACAAUAGCAGAAACGGACGAAUCGGGAGAUUCUGCUGAGAUUGUGACUGAUUCUCAAAAACGAAGAGAAAUCCUAUCCAGACGACCAUCAUACAGAAAAAUCCUAAAUGAAUUAUCUUCUGAUGCACCUGGUGUUCCAAAGAUUGAUGAAGAAAAAUCUGAGGAAGAAGGGGCAACAGCUGCUAUCACUACAAUGGCAGUACCAACUUCUAUCUACCAGACGAGUACUGGUCAAUACAUUGCAAUCGCGCAAGGUGGAACUAUUCAGAUUGCAAAUCCAGGAGCUGAUGGUGUGCAAGGAUUACAGACACUUACCAUGACAAAUGCAGGAACACCUCAGCCUGGGACAACCAUUGUGCAAUAUGCUACACAGUCAAGUGAUGGGACACAACAGUUUUUUGUUCCAGGCAGCCAAGUCGUUGUUCAAGCUGCAUCAGGAGAUAUGCCAACUUACCAAAUCCGGACUCCAACUACCACCCUACCUCAGGGAGUCGUGAUGGCAACUUCACCAGGGACAUUGCAUAGUCCACAACAGCUUGCAGAAGAGGCAACACGUAAACGGGAACUCAGGCUAAUGAAAAACAGGGAGGCUGCCAAAGAAUGUCGACGUCGAAAAAAGGAAUAUGUAAAGUGUCUGGAGAGCCGUGUUGCAGUGCUGGAAACCCAAAACAAGCAGCUAAUCGAGGAACUCAAAACUUUGAAAGAACUUUAUUGUGAUAAAUCAGAGUAGUAUUGGUAAUGAGUCCUGACCAGUUUGAUGUCUACAGCAACUUUCUUUGAAGAUAAAGCCUCUGCAGCUUCAGACUGCUUUUAAUUUUUUGCUUUGCAAAACUACGUAGAAAACAUCGGAACCUUUAACCUGUAACAUUUCUCAAAAGUUAUUCACAGUAAUAUAUUUUGUUAAGUGUUUGUUGUAUAACUAAAAUUUUGUGGGGGAAAAAAAUGAACAAAAAAAUCUUUUGUAAAAACAAUUAGUUAAAUGUAUAUAUACAUAUACUGUACCCUGUUACAAUGUAAUGCAGUACUUGCUAAGUUCUAUUUGUUAAGCAUUUGCAUUUAAGAUUUUUAUGUGUUGCUCAUAUGCUGUCCUGAAGACACAUUGUAAUAUUAUUUUUACAUGCUUUUAGUGCCCUAUUAAAUAUGAAAACAAAAUAGAAAAGUAUGCAAGGUAAUUGAACUAAAUAAUUCAGAAAUUUGACCUAUAUAAAAAGCAUCUACCUGUAAAAGAGGGAAAUUAGAGAAAAAUGUUAUUGAUUAAUUAUAUGUAAAGAGAGUGUUAUAUUCAGUAGCAUCGCAAAACAAAUGGAAUUUAUAAUUAAUUUCUGACUUUUAUACAUUUUUUUUGUGAAAUGUAGCACUGUACUGCUGUCAGUCUAUGCUUAUGUAUUCAAGAAUCAAAAAUGGAUUUUAAUAGAACCACAUUGGUUAAAAACACACACUUCUGGUUGUUACUUGAGUAUUUUAAAAAUGUACAACUUCAGUUGCCUUGAUUCGUCAAUUACCAUCGGAAGAAAUCAUUUUGGUUCGUACAGUAACCUAUCAAGAAUGAAAUGAAUGCAUUGGAUUUUAUCUCUAUUUUUUUCUUUUAUCUACUGGUUGAGUUUAUAGCCAAUAAGAUGGAAUUUAUUUUGUUUGGUUGUGAAAUGUGUUCAACAGUAAGAUAUAUUUUUUAAAGGCCUCAAAAGAUAAUUUUUCAAGGUUUUUCUGCAUGUAAUUUUCUAGGUCGAACAUAAAAUAUAAUUUAAAAUUUUAGGUAUCUGCAUGAAGGACUAUCGUGUAAAUUCAUUCAUCUUCAUAACAAUCGCAUUAAUUCACUUAAAAAUUAUUUUUAGGGACCAUGUUUCUUGAAAUUCUCAAUUGAAAUAUUCACAAUAUUGCAACUUUAUUUUUAUUUUUCCUGUCAAUAGGCAGUUCGUACUUUCAGCUACCACAUAAGAUAAAUGAUUCUUUGUAUUUACUUUUUGAAAUUGGUGUAUCUUUUAUUCACUAUAUUGGAUUCUGUUAUUCUUGAAGCAAGUAGAUCAGCACUGUUACCAUCUAGUUGUAUUUUUAAUCCUCACGAUUCUGGCUAUAUUUUGAAGUAGCCAUUGCCUUUUUUAUCUGUCCCUUGGGCAUAGAGAUUUUCCAGUAUUGAACAAGUAUCAGCUCAUUUCUGCUCAGCAGCUCACUCUUCUGUUUGAGGAAAAACAGAGGGAAUAUGCAAGUGCUAAUAAUUUAAUUAACUGUCUUAUUUAGCUAAAUUAAAACCUCAUCCUGUUGCCAAAAGCUUAACAAUAAGAUAUCAAAUUAUAAAAGCUGUGCAUUUGCAUUUGUCUGAUUUACUAUGGUGCAUGCUUCAUUGCGGCAGGUGAACCACUGUAUUCGACAAGCAAAUUCAGGCAAGGUACUUUCUUGUUUUGCCUCUCAAAGUAGUCAUGAUUACAAUUUCAUCGUUUGAGUUCCAAGAUUGUGUGCAUGUGAAAAAACUAAAGUUCCACUUAUAAGGCCUUUCAAAAUAUUAGUUUUGACCAUCAAUCCUUUAAUUAUUUUGACAUAAAAUUAUUGCCUUGGCUGUAGUUAGUAAAUUUCUCUUAUGAUCUUUCAUGCCAAGUACUGAGGAAAAUUGUUUGUGGUUGUUGAAAGCCAAGGUCAUCUCACCUGAGGGGAAUUAACAAAACCAGAGAAGAUAAGAAGCAUAAUUCUUAGAUCAUUGAUCUAAGCCGCUUAUCUCUGCAAUUGAUGCUUUACUUGCUAUUUCUGAUUUUUAUGUACUAUAUGGAACUUAAUUUUCACGAAAGUAGUUAUGAUCUAAAAUGCACUGUCUGAGUUGUGGAGCAGAUUAAUUUGCGACUCUGCAAUAGAAAUGGAUAAGUUUUUGAAAUGAAGCCGAAUCAGGGCUAUGAGGGAAGGGCUGGAGAUUGGGACUAAUUGCUUAGGAUUUAAGAUUUGUAAAAAAUGCUGUAUUUUUCUAUCAAACAACAAACGUGAAACUGAUCUGUUGAAUUUUUUAAAAAAUUGAAAAUAUUACACUGUAAUGAG